AUGAGCAUUCCCCUGCGCAACCACCAGGGGGAGCCCCGGACCUCAGGUCCCUGGCCACGAGGGGGCGCCCCGGCCCCCUGCUCCCUGGCCGUUCCCCUGCGCAUCCACCAGGGGGCGCCCCGGCCCCCCAGUUCGUGGGCAUUCCCCUGCGCAGCCACGAGGGGGCGCCCCGGCCCCGACGUCCCUGGGCAUUCCCCUGAGCAGCCACCAGGCGGCGCCACGGCACCCCCGUUCCCUGGGUAUCCUCUGCGCAGCCACCACGGGGCGCCCCGGCCCCCCGCUCCCUGGGCGUUCCCCUGCACAUCGACGAGGGGGCGCAAAGGACCUCAGGUUCCUGGGCAUUCCCCUGUGCAGCCACGAGGUGGCGCCCCGGCCUCCCGCUCCCUGGCCAUUCCCCUGCGCAGCCACGAGAGGGCGCCCCGGCCCCCCGCUCCCUGGCCAUUCCCCUGCGCAGCCACAAGGGGGCGACCGGCCCCCCGCUCCCUGGCCAUUCCCCUGCGCAGCAACGAGGGGGCGCCCGAGUCCCCCCACUCCCUGGCCAUUCCCAUGCGCAGCCACGAGAGGGCGUCCCGACCCCCGCUCCCUGCCACCAGGGGGCGCCGGGGCCCAGGCUUCCUGGCCAUUCCCCUGUACAGCCACGAGGGGGCGCCCCGGCCCCCCACUCCCCGGGCAUUACCCUGCGUAGCGACUAGGGGGCGCCUCGGCCCCUCGCUCCCUGGGCAUUCCCCUGCGCAUCACCAGGGGGCGCCCCGGCCCCCCGCUCCCUGGACAUUCCCCUGCGCAGCCACUAGGGGGCGCCCCGGACCCCCUCCCUGGGUAUUCCCCUGCACAGCCACGCGGCGGCGCCCCGGACCCCCGCUCCCUGGACAUUCCCCUGCGCAGCCACCGGGGGGCGCCGUGGCACCCCCCCGCUUCCUGGGCAUUCCCCUGCGCAGCCACAAGGGGGCGACCGGCCCCCCGCUCCCUGGCCAUUCCCCUGCGCAGCCACGAGGGGGCGCCCGAGUCCCCCCACUCCCUGGCCAUUCCCAUGCGCAGCCACGAGAGGGCGUCCCGACCCCCCGCUCCCUGGUCAUUCAGCUGCGUAGCCAGGAGGGGACGCCCCGACCUCGGCUCCCUGGCCAUUCGCCUGCGCAGCCACGAGAGGGCGUCCCGCCCCCCCCCCCCGCUCCCUGGUCAUUCAGCUGCGUAGCCAGGAGGGGAAACCCCGACUCCGGCUUCCUGGCCAUUCCCCUGCGCAGCCACGAGGGGGCGCUCCGGCCCCUCGCUCCGCGGGCAUUCCUCUGCGCAGCCACGAGGGGGCGCCCCGGCCCCUCGCUCCGUGGGCAUUCCCCUGCGCAGCCACGAGGGGGCGCUCCGGCCCCUGGCUCCGUGGGCAUUCCCCUAGGCAGCCAGCAGGGUGUCGCUCCGGCCUCCCUGUCCCUGGGCACUCCCCUGCGCAGCCACGAGGGGGCGGCCGUCCUCCGGGUCCGUGGCCCUUAUUCCCCCGGUCGGGCCCCGGGGGUUGGUCCGUGUCCCGCCGCUCCCCGGGCAUUCCCCUGGGCAGCCGUGAGGGGGCGCCCCGUCCCGGCCCGGCCCGUCCCGGCCCGUCCCCCGGCCCCGGGCCGCCCUCCGGCGUGCUUUCCGCGGCCGUUGGGGUUGGGGUCGGGGCUGGAGCGGGAGAGACGGGGAUCGCAGAGUUCCGAGGGCUCCGUGAUGCAACGUUGCUGCCGCCCUGGACUCCUCCGCUCUGUCGUUGGGCCCUGA